AGAGAGAGAGAGAGAGAGAGAUGGGGCGCCCUCCUCCGUCUCCUCCAAACCCUAGGCGCCGGCGGUGGGCGCCGGCGCCGACGACGACGGCGGCGACGAUCCUCCUCCCCUUCCUCGUCGCCGUCGUCGUCGUCGCCGAGAUCGCCUUCCUCUCUCGCCUCGACCUAACAGGGAACGCCGCCGCGGUCCGCCAUUGGACCACCUCCUUCUACUUCCCAUCCAUCGCAAACCCUAACUCCUCGUCGUCCCCCUCCGAUCACCUCGCGGGGGCCUCUCUCCUCGACGACGACGACGGCGUAGGUGAAUGCGUCGACCGGUUGGAGAGGGAGGACGACGUCCCUUACUCCCGUGACUUCCGAAUCAAUCCGGUUUUGGUCUCCGGGGCCGAACAGCAGGAUUGGGAUGCAUGCUCUGUUGGCUGUAAAUUUGUAUUUGCACCAAACAAGAUACCUGAUGCAACAUUCGACCUUCCUCGACAUCGUGAAACAGCUAGCAUCCUCCGCUCUAUGGAGUCAUCACAAUACUAUGCGGAAAACAAUAUCGAUGUGGCACGACGGAGAGGUUAUAAUAUCAUAAUGACGACAAGCCUCUCUUCAGAUGUUCCUGUUGGCUACUUUUCUUGGGCUGAAUAUGAUAUCAUGGCGCCCAUGCAUCCUAAGACUGAAGAUGCCCUAGCUGCUGCUUUCAUUUCUAAUUGUGGUGCGCGCAAUUUUCGUCUACAAGCCCUUGAGAUGCUCGAAAAGUUAAAUAUCAAAAUAGAUUCUUAUGGAAGUUGUCACAGAAACCGAGAUGGCAGAGUCGACAAACUACAAACUUUAAGGCGCUACAAGUUCAGCUUAGCUUUUGAAAAUUCUAAUGAAGAGGACUAUGUUACUGAAAAGUUCUUCCAAUCCCUUGUGGCAGGAGCUGUGCCUGUUGUGGUUGGUGCUCCAAAUAUACUAGACUUUGGACCUUCUUCUCGUUCUGUUUUGCAUAUCAAAGAGCUUAGUGAUGUCCCCUCAGUUGCUAAGACCAUGAAGUUCCUUGCUUCAAACCCUAAUGCUUUCAAUCAAUCAGUCAGAUGGAAGUACGAGGGUCCAUCAGAUUCUUUCAAGGCACUCGUCGACUUGGCAGCUGUUCACUCAUCUUGCCGGCUUUGCAUCCAUAUUGCAACAAGGAUCCAUGAAAAAGAAGAAAAAACGCCAAAAUUCCAAAAACGUCCUUGUAAAUGCACGGAUAAAAAGGGAACGGUCUACCAUCUUUAUGUGAGAGAAAGAGGCCGGUUCGAGAUGGAGUCCAUUUUUCUCAGGUUACUUCAAUCCUUCCUGCCUCCACUUAUUUAAUGAUCUGAAGAGUUGAGACUAAAUGCUUUCGAAUCGGCCAUUACCGCAAAAUUCAAGUCGCUAAAUCACACACCCAUAUGGAAAAACGAAAGACCACAAAGCGUAAGAGGAGAUGAUGACCUGAGAAUAUACAGAGUGUACCCAGUAGGCCUCACACAGAGACAAGCACUGUACAGCUUUAAAUUCGGCAGUGAUGCCGAAUUUUCGGAACAUGUUGAGAGAAACCCCUGCCCCAAGUUUGAAGUCAUCUUUGUAUGAACAGCAUGUUUCAAUUGUUUUGUAUCAUAGUUUUGUAAUUCCUUCUUUUUUUUUUGUUAUGAUACGAGAUAUUACUUCACUUUUAAGGUUAUUUUUCAGACAAUUAUUCUCUCUUGUUUUUGUUGACACACUCCAGGCUUUUGAUUAUAUUUC